AUGGACAAUGCGCACCCACAACUUGCCAAAGAGAGCUGCCGUUGUAUCUCUGUGGUCGUCCAGACAAGUUGGAACAAGGCGGAAAUUUGUGAAGCAAGAGGAGCGCCCUUCUCUCGCGAGCCGACAGAUGAGAUUCGGGCCUGCAGGGUCUGGAAGUUAGGUCGGGAUGUGCUCGGGUUCUGGCAUGUUCGUCGCCAUGGUUCUAGUCGUUGGCCAGCUGCCAUGUACAGUGCAAAAGACAUGAUUGCAGCACUGCAAGCAGUUGGUGAAAGUCUUUGGGCUGCUCUUGGACGUUCUGCUUUGGACGCUUGCCUGCGAGUACAAAGCUCAGGGUCUGUUGCAUAA